GUGAGGGGUGAGGGUUGGUGAAAAGCACAGAAGGCACUCGCCUCCUAAGGGAUUCUGCCCUUGUGAAACAAAUUCAGAUUUAUUCCUCUAUCUGUUUUGGAUUCUUACAAGGGAGCUGGAAGUUAUUUGAGCAAAUUGUGAUUAAACCAGGUGUUUCUCCAUCCUGCCAAUUACAACCCAAGCCCGCCGGUCUAUCACUCCAUCCCGGCGUGUAAAGUGAUUGAAAGGGCUGAUGAACAGCGAGGCGCACAAGUCAGCAGAGAGCAAGGCAGUCUGCAAUGGCAGCAGGAACAGAGGGUUUGGAAGGUAUAGUCUUAGGACCGAGCCAGAUCAGCAUGUCUGUCACUGACACCACUGCCUGGGCCACAGCCAUGAACAACCUGGGGAUCACCCCGGUGCCAUUGGUAUCAGAUCCCAUCUGCAUGCCUGCGUUCGAACAUGGCCUAGGGCUUGUAACGGGGAUGGCUCCAGUUAACCCAACGAUGACUGGGAUAGGUUUACUGCGACCAGUUGUCCACCAGGAAUUGCCAGUAGUGAAGGAAAUCAUCCACUGUGCCAGGUGCACACUCUUCCCUGCGAAUCCAAACCUGCCCCCUCCGGCAACCCGGGACCGGCCGCCCGGCUGCAAGACAGUGUUUGUGGGUGGCUUGCCAGAAAACGCCACCGAGGAAGUCAUUCGGGAGGUUUUCGAGCAGUGCGGCACCAUCACGGCCCUUCGCAAAAGCAAAAAGAACUUCUGCCACAUCCGCUUCGCUGAGGAGUUUAUGGUGGACAAGGCCAUCUACCUGUCAGGUUACCGUAUGAGGCUGGGUUCAAGCACGGACAAGAAGGACACUGGCCGGCUGCACGUGGACUUUGCUCAGGCCAGGGACGACUUUUACGAGUGGGAGUGCAGGCAGCGGAUGUUUGCACGCGAGGAGCGUCACAGGCGCAUGUUGGAGGAUGAGCAACUGCGGCCGCCCUCACCAGCACCCAUCGUGCACUACUCUGAGCACGAGGCCAGCCUCAUGACCGAGAAGCUCAAAGAUGAGAGCAGGUUCUCGGAAGCCACCUCAGUGCUGCUGGCCUGGUUUGAGCGCGGUGAGGUGACACGGCGCUCAGCAAACAACUUCUAUUCCAUGAUUCAGUCGGUCAACAGCCACAGCCGGAGACUGAUGAGCGAGAAGGCGGCCCACGAACAGGAAAUGGAGGACGCAAAGGAGCAGUUCAAGAAUGCCCUUGCUGGGAUCCUGACCGGACUUGAGCAGAUUGUGGCCGUUUUCAAGGCUGCUUCGAAGCAAAAGGCAUGGGACCAUUUCUCCAAAGCUCAACGCAAGAACAUUGAUAUAUGGCGAAAGCAAGCUGAGGAGGUCAGAAAUGCACACAGUGAAGAACUUAUGGGAAUUCGUCACGAAGAAGAGAUGGAAAUGUCUGAUGACGACUGUGAAGAAAGUCCAUCUAAAACCCCCAGAGCAGAUGAAUCAGCUCUGGCCGCCCAAGCCCGCGCGCUGAAGGAGGAGAACGACAGUCUGAGGUGGCAGCUGGACGUGUACAGAAAUGAAGUGGAGCUGCUGAAGCAGGAGCAGGGGAAGUUCUACCAGUCAGACAAGAGCCACCCGAAGGAGCAGCAGAUGCAGUUCCAGCAGCAGGCAAUGCAGGGCAUGCAACAGCAACUACUUGCUCUGCAGGAGGAAUACAGGAAAAAGGAGUUGGAACUGGAGAAAGUAAAGGAGGAAAAGUCGGAAGUACAAGCAUUGCUUGCAAGUCUUAAAGAAAAGAAGUCGAAUGCAUUCACCCAGAGCCGGAGGACCAGCGAGGGAGAUGCUGCCACUCAAUCCCUCAAGUCAGAGAAAGAAGCUUUAUUAGUGGGUAUCAUAUCAGCAUUCCUUCAUGUGCACCCGUUUGGAGCUAACAUCGAAUACCUGUGGUCCUACCUGCAGCGACUGGAUGCCAAGAUAUCUUCAGGGGAAAUCGAGACGCUUCUCCUCCAACUGCCAAACAUGUUCAAGCAGGAGUUCACUGGUGUUGGCGCCACGCUGGAGAAAAAAUGGAAGUUCUGUGGUUUUGAAGGAAUUAAGUGUGUCAGCCAAUGACCUGAAAUGGUGCACCACGAAGAAAAACAAAACCCCAUGGAUUUCAGAUUUCAUUCAGGUUUAUGCAUCAAGCGUGAGAUUGUACGAUUAUGGAUUAAAUGCUGCCUGGACCUGAGGUCUAAUUGCUACUCCUACCAUGUCUCCGGCAGCCGGUAACCUCACCGUACUCUGGUGCCUGACGAGUAGAAUAUGGUGACCUUCGUUCCACAGACUUUGGGCUUUAAACCAUGAAGAGGGAAGGGAAAGGCAGAGA